AUGGUGGAAAAGGAAAAAACGGAGAAAAUAGUAAAAGCUGAUGGAGCUGGGAAGGUGACUCGUACAGUAAACGUUUGUCGUAUUGAAGGGGUCUUUGACUUUGAAGAGGGUGCAUGGAAAUUACAAUGCAAGGGAUCAUUAUUUGAAGAUGAAAUUAGCAUUAGCAACCCAUGGCUUUCACCUUCUGAGGAAUUGGCUUUUGGUUUCCAAAAGCUCAAUAAUACCAACCUCUUCUUGCUUGCCAUCUGGUUUCACAAAAUUCCUUAUAAAACCAUCGUUUGGAGUGCAAGAGACAAACCAGCCCAACAAGGCUCCAAGGUCCAGAUUAAUGCCGACGGCCUUAAACUUACUGAUCCUCGUGGCCAACUCAUUUGGAAUAGUCCAAUCAACUCGCUGACUGAAUCUGUUUCCUACGGUGCUGUGCUAGACACUGGCAACUCUGUUCUUGUUGGUACCAAUUCUGAUUACCUUUGGGAGAGCUUCAAAAAUCCCACAGACACCAUCCUGCCUUCUCAAACACUGGAAUCACGCACCGUCUUGUCCUCUAGCCUCUCAGAAACCAACUUCUCUAGAGGAAGGUUUGAGCUUUAUUUCUCCGAUGGUGCUCUCCAUCUCAGUCCCCUUGCCUGGCCCACUAAGUUGGAGUAUGGUCCUUAUUUUACAUCUGACAAUGGUUCACAGCUUGUUUUCAAUGAAUCAGCCUAUAUCAACUUGAUCCAGACCAAUGGAAAGAUUGUCCAACUCGGAGGGAUCAGUCAGGACGUAGCACCUAGUGUGGAUACGCACUACUAUCGAGCAACAAUUGAUUAUUAUGGAGUCUUCACAAAGUAUGCCUAUCCCAGGGACUCCAAUGGUGAGGAAAGCUGGUCAAUCGUGCAAUUCAUCCCUGAAAAUGUUUGUUCUGCCAUAUUCAAUGAUCUUGGUAGUGGUGCAUGUGGGUAUAAUAGCUACUGCAGAAUGUUAAAUGGCAGGCCUAAUUGUAGUUGCCCAGAUGGAUAUUCACCUAUGGAUCAAAAUAAUCCAUUUGGAGGGUGCAAACAAAAUUUUCCUCUGGGUUGUGGACUUGGUGAUGCAUCAGAGAACCUGGAAGGAUUAUAUGAUAUGCUGGAGCUUCCAAAUGUGAAUUGGCCUGGGGGGGAUUAUGAAAAGCUGCAGCCCUAUAGUAAAGAUGAGUGCAGAACUUCUUGUUUGCGAGAUUGUAUGUGCGGUGCUGCCAUAGUUACUUUUUUUGGUGAUCCAAUUUGUUGGAAGAAAAGGAUACCUCUCGGCAACGGAAUAGCUCUAAUCAAAGUACCUGUCAAACCCACCGAUAUUGGUUCCUCGGGUGGCAGGAAGGCCGUUGAUUCUAUACAUGACAGUCCAACAGAAUUCGAUGGGAUGUGUUUUGGGGCAGCAUGA